ACAGUAGAUCACUCGUCUUUCCACCAUACUGAGUUGAGCGGGACUUCGAGUUGCUUCGAGUCAGAGUACUUGGAAUACAUGCGGCUGCUUUGGUUUUUGGCUGACGAACACGCAUGAGGAAAUUUUUAUUAUAUGCAACUAUCUGUUGAUAAUGUCUUUGCAUUUUAUAUUAUGAAUACCGGAAACUUUUGAAGAACAGAUAACACGAUGAAUUAACUUCUUCCCACCUUUUCCAGGAUUGGAUAAAUCUGAACGUGUGUGAAGAUAGAUUUUUGUCGUCACUUCGCUGAAAUUGUCGGAAUUAAUUAAUUAAAAAUAUGUCUCUCCCUAUCAGCAGAUUUUACAUGCGGUAUGCCCUUACGCAGUGGCUCUAUAGAAAAACUCUUUCGAAAUUAAAGACGUGUGUUUAUAAUUCAAGGUCUAUUUAUCUUUGUUCACAAGUACGAAUGACUGGCAAAAGUGAAAAAAGUGCAGAAGAAUUGCUUAACAAUUCCGUUACUAGCAUUGAUAAAAAUCUUGAUAUAACAUGGAACAGCCCUGCAUAUCCCAAAUGUGAGCGUUCGGAACGAGAGAAGAAUGAGAAAGGCCUCCAAUCACAUGAAGAUCCUAAGGAUGAAAGUGUCAUUUUAUUCCCAGGUCAAGGAUCACAAUACGUAGGAAUGGGAAAAUCUUUAAGAAAUUAUCCUGAAGUCAGACACAUAUGUGACACAGCAAGUGAUUUUUUAGGUUAUGAUCUUCUAGAUCUUUGUUCAGUUGGACCACAGGAAAAACUGAAUAGAACAGAAUACAGUCAGAUGGCUGUGUUUGUACUCUCUUAUGCAGCAGCAGAAUUAGUGAAAGCUCAACAGCCAGGUGUCAUGAAGAACUGUAUUGCAACAGCUGGUUUCAGUGUUGGUGAAAUAACAGCUUUGGUAUUUGCUGGUGCAAUAUCAUUUACAGAAGCUCUAGGAUUAGUGAAAAUUCGAGCUCUAGCAAUGCAGGAAGCUUGUGAUGCUGCAGCUGGUGGCAUGAUGACUGUUUUUUAUGGUCCCGAUUCUCGUUUGGGGUAUGCCUGCGUUUGUGCAAAACAGUGGUGUGAAGAACGUGGAAUUGAAAAUCCUGUGUGUAGUGUUGCAAAUUAUCUUUUUCCACAUUGUAAAGUAAUUGCUGGCAAUGUUGAGGCCCUGAAGUUCAUAAGAGAAAAUGCUUCUGAGUUUAAAUUGAAACGAUUGAAGACUCUACCUGUGUCAGGAGCUUUCCAUACUGAACUAAUGAGACCUGCAGUUGAACCAUUUAAAAAAGCACUGAAGAGCAUUCGUAUUCAGCAUCCAAAGAUUCCUGUGUACUCCAAUGUUGAUGGGAAUGUGUAUAGAAAUCCUAGGCAUAUUGCAGCACAAUUGCCUAAACAGAUAUACAAGCCUGUGAAAUGGGAACAGAUUCUUCAUGCUUUGUAUUCUAGGUCAGAGGGUGAAAUGUUCCCUCUUACUUAUGAGUGUGGACCAGGCACAAGUUUAAAAUCCUGUUUAAAGAUGGUAAAUGCAAAGGCAGGACAGUUUUGUUCCAGUAUCCCUGUGUAAAUCACUUCUAGCUUUAUGGAGAAUGAAUUUGUUUUAUUUUCAGUAAAUCAAGUUUUAUGUUCAGUAAAUGAAUGUUGAACAUAAAGUGAAUGGUUCUUUAUUCUAUCUAAAUUCGUUACAUUUACUUAAAAUUUUGUACUCAGCCUAAUGCCUUUCUGAAAACGAUCUUCCACUUCUCCGCGGCGUGACACUUCUAUCACGCCAAGCUGCAACCUCCGGCCGUGCAGAACGGAAGCCCCAAGUUGCAGUAAUCCCUUGCUUAACCGUCACCUCCGGUUGUCGUUGUAAAGGCAGCGGCCCCAGUUGGGCAGUCUUCGGCAGUCUCCGUCGUGGGGGGGAGGGGGGGGACGCCCCCACUUUCACGAAGUAGUAUUUUCUCUCCGGGCGAUGUCGCAGCCCUGUAGUCCCUCCUCGCCGCCUCUCCUCUCGUACAAUGCAGGAAACCGUACUCUCCGCAGCCUGCAACUGCAUUGCACGAUAUUCAACUGAACUGCCAGAACUACCAUCCCGGCGUUGGCUGGCCCUAUAUACAGAGGGCGCAGCGCUGGCAUAGACUCGCUCCUCGCCAGGAGCCCACUGGCGCGUAUCUCGGCUGCCGCUACCGGUCACCGCCUGGCGGAAUCAAAUGGUCGCUGUACAUAUAAGGUUUUAUCAUUAAAUUUCUAAACAUU